AUGCCCACGGAAGUUUCUGAGCGCGAUGCGGCGCCACGUGCCACAGCCGCCGGCGAGGCCGCCACUGCGGACACCCCGCCCACCAAGCCGGUCUGCGACCCCUCCCUCCCUGUCAAGCUCGACUCCCUGCGCAUCUCUCCACCAGACCAGCAACAGCAGCAGCGUCCCACAAUCUUCACGUCAUCCGACGCCCAGCGCACCACCGCCGCUGCCGUCGCGUCGCAGCGGUCGCCCGCAAGGCCGCCGCCCCUUUCGCCCUCCAUGAGCCGCGUGCUGGGGCGGCGCGGGUCGUUCAGCGAGCGCCCGAUCGACGUGGUGCGCAUGGCCCUGGUCACACAGCGCAACGAGAUGUGCUCCCUCGUAGCCAGGAUCACCGAGGCGGGCUCGUCCAGCCCCAUCCUCAUGCCGCACAUACUGGUGGACGAGCUCUCCGCCAUUGCCGCGGAGACCAACAACUCGGGGCUGAUGACGUCGCCCCUGACCACGCUCUUCAAGACCGGCGUCGAGGUCGUCGUGCAGGCGCCGAGCAUCGCCAUCGCACUGCGGCCCAAGCCCGGCAGCUGGCUGUACGUCCUGGUGCACUCCGACAACCUGACUGCGGACGAGAUCACCACGAGCCAGUACCUCGCGUUCAAGGAGCGCCUCAGGGACGGCUCUGUGGACGAGAACCCUUACGCUGUGAUGGAGAUUGACAUGGGCCCAUUCAACAGGGACCUGCCCAGGAUGCAGAUGUCGCGCUCCAUCGGCCAGGGGGUGCAGUUCCUGAACAGGCACCUCAGCGCGACCAUGUUCGGGGGCCAGGGCUACGGCGGCGGCUACGGCGGCGGCGGCAACAUGCCGCCCUCAGAAGGCAAGACCCAGCUGUUCGAGUUCCUCAGGACCCUCAAGCACAAGGGCCAGAGCCUGAUGCUCAACCCCGGCAAGCUGGUGACGCUGGGCCAGCUGAGGGACGCGCUGCUCAGGGCCGACAAGGCCCUCGACGCGCUGGAUGACGAGGUGGAGUGGUCCGAAGUGUCGUCCCGCCUGUACGACCUGGGCUUCGAGAGGGGCUGGGGCUGCGACGUGGGGCGCGUCAAGGCCAACAUGAGGCUGCUGCUGGAGAUCUUGCAGGUCGGAUGA